AUGACUACUGAAAGGUAAAACGAUUAUAAAUAACAUUAAAAUAAAAGAAGUCGGUUAAUAAGUAAACUAAGCUUUUAACGUUCUUCGUAAAAGCAAAAGCCAAAAACAAUUUUACUUGAACGACGUCGAUAUUUCUCGCUCUUGAGUUUUCUUUCUCAUUGUCUAAUGUUUUGGUGGCUGUAUGUAGAAUUGAUUUGACAAUACGGUUGUCGAUUUCACUAUCUAAUCGUAAUGAACUUGUGAUCGCAAAAUAAUCUAUUUGAUAAUAUAUCAGUGAUUUAUCGUAAUGUAAUAGACGUUCGAUUCAUCAAAGCGUAACAGUGAGAGGUGAAGACUACUAAAUACCUAAAGAAUUCUAUUUUUUUCUUGCGACAAAUGUGAAUUGGUGCUCGUUAUGGAGGAUUAUAAGUUUCUAUUUAAAGUAGUGUUAGUUGGGAAUGCGGGAGUUGGGAAAACGUGUUUGGUACGUCGUUUUACUCAAGGUCUCUUUCCACCUGGCCAGGGUGCUACAAUUGGAGUUGAUUUCAUGAUAAAAACUGUAGAAGUUGACGGUGAGAAAGUGAAGUUGCAAAUAUGGGACACUGCUGGGCAAGAGAGAUUCCGUUCAAUUACACAGAGCUACUACAGAUCUGCUCAUGCUCUGAUACUGGUGUAUGAUAUAUCUUGCCAGCCGACAUUUGACUGUCUACCAGACUGGCUUAGAGAAAUUGAAGAAUAUGCCAACAAUAAAGUUCUUAGGAUAUUAGUUGGUAAUAAAACUGAUCGGGAAGACAGGGAGAUUCCAAGGCACAUCGGUGAAGACUUUGCACAGCGUCACGGCAUGUAUUUCUUAGAGACAUCAGCUAAAGAGGCUGAAAAUGUCGAGCGAUUAUUUAUGGAAAUAGCUGUUGAACUCAUGGAACAAGCAAAAUGCAAGGAGUUGCCGAAAUAUGACGGCAGCUUAGGACCGAUUAAUGGAAAAACAACGUCGGUAGGUGACGGUUCGUGUUGUCUACGCUCGUAAACGUAACGAAUUUAUCUCAUUGAUAUUAAAAUAGUUUAAAAACCUGCUGCGGUGUUUUUGAAAAGAGACUUUAUAAGUUUCUAUUAAAGAUAGGGUUUAAGAUGCAAGUAUCAGUAUAUUUUUGAGGAAUUGAGCCUCACUCGUCAAUAUCAUUUAAUUUGAGCUUCGCCGUAUUAUUUUUCCAUUCUUAUGGGUCGUAGAAAUGUUUUAGUGAAACCACCACAGAAUAAGCUGAAAGUACUAAGAACUUGAGUCGAUAAUAAUACAUUUUAACGAAGAACUCGAUGACGAUGAUACUGACAAUAAAGGAAUUGAUAUUUUGUUGUUAACGAAUUAGUACCUAUCGAUUUUAUAGAUAUUUUUAGUCGAUUUUUUUAAUCGUUUUAUUUUUUAUAUUCUUGCCAACGAGCGAACGACGGACUGACAAGAAUUUUAUAUUUGUAUAUAUUGUUUUAAAGUAUUAAAACUUUUCAUUAACACCGCGACAGUCUUGUCGUAUAUUUCGUAGGACGGAAGUCAUUCCACUCGCUUUAAGUGCUGUGCCGUUGUCACAAUGUCAUGACGUUCGUUGUCAUAUUGUCAUUUUCAUGUGUCACUAAUUCAUGUCAAUUCGUAGAAGUAGUGUUGAUACCAUUAUAUUGCAUAUCAAAUAUUAAUUCUAUAAAUUAUAGUUAAAAUUGAGACCAAGCAUAGGGUUACUCGACUAAAAUACAGCUG